GUCAGUGCGAGAUCCACUGCUGCCGAGGAGAGGAGCGUCAACAGCGGCACCAUGGUAGCUCAACAGAAGAACCUUGAAGGCUAUGUGGGAUUUGCCAAUCUCCCAAAUCAAGUAUACAGAAAAUCAGUGAAAAGAUGGUUUGAAUUCACAUUUAUGGUAGUAGGUGAAUCUGGACUGGGAAAGUCAACAUUAAUCAACUCAUUAUUUCUCACAGAUUUGUAUUCUCCAGAGUACCCAGGGCCUUCCAUAGGAAUAAAAAAGACUGUACAGGUGGAACAAUCCAAAGUUUUAAUCAGAGAAGGUGGUGUUCAGUUGCUGCUCACCAUAGUUGGUACUCCAGGCGAUGCAGUGGAUAAUAGUAAUUUCUGGCAGCCUGUUAUCGACUACAUCGAUAGUAAAUUUGAGGAUUACCUAAAUUCAGAAUUGGUGAACAGGCGGCAGUUGCCUGAUAACAGAGUGCAGUGCUGUUUAUUCUUCAUCGCUACCUCAGGACACGGACUUAAACCAUUGGAUAUUGAGUUUAUGAAACGUUUGCAUGAAAAAGUGAAUAUCAUCCCACUAAUAGCGAAAGCAGACACGCUCACACCAGAGGAAUGUCAGCAGUUUAAAAAACAGAUAAUGAAAGAAAUCCAAGAACAUAAAAUUAAAAUAUAUGAAUUUCUAGAAACAGAUGAUGAAGAAGAAAAUAAGCUGGUUAAAAAGAUUAAGGACCGUUUACCUCUCGCUGUAGUAGGUAGUAACACGAUUAUUGAAGUAAAUGGCAAGAGGGUCAGAGGAAGGCAAUAUCCUUGGGGUGUAGCUGAAGUUGAAAAUGGUGAACAUUGUGAUUUUACAAUUCUAAGGAAUAUGUUGAUAAGAACACACAUGCAAGACUUAAAAGAUGUCACUAAUAACGUACGCUAUGAGACCUACCGAAGCAGAAAGCUGGCGGCUGUGACUUACAAUGGAGUGGAUAACAACAAGAGUAAAGGACAGCUUACCAAAAGCCCGCUGGCACAAAUGGAGGAGGAAAGAAGGGAGCAUGUAGCCAAGAUGAAGAAAAUGGAGAUGGAGAUGGAGCUGGUGUUUGAGAUGAAGGUCAAGGAGAAGGUCGAGAAACUGAAGGACUCUGAGGCUGAGCUCCAGCGGCGCCAUGAGCAGAUGAAAAAGAAUUUGGAAGCCCAGCACAAAGAAUUAGAGGAAAAACGGCAUCAGUUUGAGGAGGAGAAAGCCAACUGGGAAGCUCAGCAAUGCAUCUUAGAACAACAGAACUCUUCACGAACCUUGGAAAAGAACAAGAAGAAAGGGAAGAUCUUUUAAACUCUCCAUUGACCACCAGUUACGUAUUAGUUGCCAAUAUGCCAGCUUGGACAUCAGUGUUUGUUGGAUGCGUUUGACCAAUUUGCACCAAUUUUAUCCAUAAUGAUGGAUUUAACAGCAUGACAAAUACUCGUUUUUUUGUUGUUGUUCUCAAUGGAGAUUAAGAUGCCUUGAAUUGUCUAGGGUGUUCUGUACUUAGAAAGUAACAGCUCUAAGUACCUUUCUACAUUUUCUUUAUUAUUAUUAUUAUUAUUAUUAUUAUUAUUAAACAGAUGUCUUCAGUUUAAUGCAAGAGAACAUUUUACUGUUGUACAAUCAUGUUCUGGAGGUUUGAUUGUUUACAGGCUAUUCCAAAAUAAAGGACUCUGGAAGGUUUUCAUUGAGGAUAAAUUGCCAUACUAUGAUGCAGACUAUGCUUCUCUAUGAUAAUUAUAAUACAGAGGUUCCAUUCAGUGUAGCCUAUACAAUAAUGUAAUUUAGUCUAACACAGUUGACCCUAUUUU